AUGGCGGGAGGCCGGAGUAAGCGCCCUGUUAUCAACACAAUGCUGGUGACAUGUGCUGUUUGCUGCUACCUGUUUUGGCUGAUUGCGAUUCUGGCUCAACUCAACCCGCUCUUUGGGCCGCAGUUAAGCAAUGAAACAAUCUGGUAUCUUAAAUAUGACUGGCCUUAA